AUGGAAGAGAAGAUUAAACAACGUCGUGUUAAAGUUUAUCAACUAAGUAGAGAGAGUGAGUGGCUCGACAAGGGCACCGGUUUUUGCUCUUGCCUAUGUAACGAGACAAAAGAUGAUGCCUACAUUGUCGUACACUCCGAAGAAGAUUCAGCAUCUGUACUGCUACAUUCGCAAAUAUUCAAGGACCAGGAGUAUCAGAAGCAACAAGAUACAUUGGUAGUGUGGACCGAGCCCAAUGGAAUGGAUUUGGCACUGAGUUUCCAGGAGGCCGAAGGAUGCACGGAAAUAUGCGAUUUUAUAUCGGAAAUAAAGAAUCACAUGAAUCAGGAAAAUUCGGAAGAUGUCAGAUCCAGUCCCUUUGAUUCUGAAAUAAUAAGUACCUCCAUAAAAUUGCCUGAUCCGACCUUGUCCAAUUUACAAGAGAUCGAAUUAUUGAUCAAGAGUGCGAGUCGAUCUACGUUUGAAAAGGAAAAAUUGGCGUUAUUCAUUACUCAAGCGAUCGUCAAAAUAAAAGACAAGGCGAUCGAAGCAAAAAUACAUGAAACUUUCCGUCUUCAAUAUCUCAAGGAUGUCGUAUUCGCUCGAGCAUUCGACGAUCCCACCAUUAUAUCAUCUCUCAUUUUCUUCAACCAUGUCGACAUAUCUAAACACAUCUCACAAGAUGACGAAUUUUUGACUGAACUCUUCAACAUUCUUAACGAGGAAGGUGAGGACUCAACACGCAAACGUGACGUUGUCAUGUUCGUUCAGCAACUCUGUUCCAUCGCAAAGAGCAUUCACUUUUCUAAUAGAAAAGAUCUAUACAAAUCAUUGGCGAAACAUGGACUAUUCCAGAUCUUUGAGCACUCCUUGGUGGACAAAGAUCCGUCCGUAAGAACCGCCGGCGGUGAGAUAUUAGCUUCCAUCCUGGACACUGAUGCCAGUAUAAUUCGUUCUUAUAUUGUCAAGCAGGACGAAGAGAAGAAGAAAACAUUGGCUGAUGUUAUCAUAGAGAGAUUCAUUCAAGACGAGGAUAUGGGUGUAAAAGCGCAAUGCGCGGAGUCACUCCGUUUUCUACUAGAUAUGAACGCGGGGCUGUCCGAGAUAGGUUUCAUAGUGCCCCCAGAGUCUCUAAACCUGCUCAACAAUCACGACGACGAUGUUGAUCAAUUCUUAAACGUAUUCUACGAGGAACCGAUAAAAAAGAUAGUAAAACCCAUAUUGGAUUUGCCUGAACUGGAAAAAGAUGAUGUAGACGAAGACGAAGAAGCCUACUUCAACACAUCGGAUGACGAAGACAGCGGUAUAUCCGGUGAAACUGCAAAAGCCGAAAGUACGUUGGCCGAGGAAUCAAAGGAUGGAUCGAGUUCUGAAAAUGAUUCGUCGGUGGGUUCCAAAGUGGAUUCAGCGAAAGCUCCGAAAUCUGAAGUUGAGUCAUACAAUGUCGGAAAAGUGGGCUUGGUCGACUAUCCGGACGAAGAUGACGGCAACAAUGAGGAUGUGAAAAAGGACAUUACCGAUCAGAUGACUCUCGACACGCCUCGCACAGCAAAGACUCCUCAAACUCCUGCGAAUGAGUCAUCUCUGUCACCAAACGGGACCUCUACAAAGAAGGGAGGCUUGAAGAUUUUGCGAUCAUCUCAAACCUUGAGGCCAAAAUUAAAGAAGGCACGAAUGGAGUAA